CCCAGUUGUCUGUUGACAAACGUGACCAAAUGCAUAUCACUGUCCCGUCUGCAAUUCCGUCUCCAAGUGGAAUAAAAUGUAAUUUCACGGGGGUUUGUCGACACGGCGCUGCUUCGGGUGGACUCUUCAUGAAGUUGUGAAUCCGGGUAAAACGAAGCCAUGCUGAAAUGGUUUUCUGGCGAUGAGGGAGAGCAGGGCCCCGGAGGCCCAGGCUCUCCCCACAGUGCUGCUGCAGGUGGAGAGGUUGCGGUAGAAGAAAUGGCAGAAAGGCUGGCCCAAACUGAGCAGCUCGUCUCUCAGCUGAAGGAGAUGAUUCGAGAAAAAGAUACUGCACUUCGCUCCAAAGACGACCAGCUCAAGGUGGAGAAGGAGGCCUGUGAGGCCAAACUGUCAAAGCUGCGUCUGCAGAAUAAAGCCAAGGUGACCUCCCUCACAACACAGCUGGAGGAGCUGAAGAAACAACAGGGAAGCCCUGGCACGCCAACGCACAGCAAGAAGGGUUCAUCAGAAGGAGACCAAGCCAGCCGGGGCAAGAUUGUCUUGCUAAAGAAGAAGGUUGAGGAACUGGAACAGCAGCUUGCACAAAGAAAUGAAGAACUGGAAAACAGGAGGAGGGAGCUGGAGUCACAGAGGCAGCGAGGCGAGGAAAUCGACGCAAUGCUGACAGAGAAGGACAGAAAGCUGGCAGAAAAAGAGGCCUACAUUGUCCACCUGCAAACAGCUUUGGCAGGAGAUCAACCCAUCACCCCUGCACCACAGCUAAAGGUGGUGGAGGACAGUGGAGCAAUGCAGGAGCUGCAGCUGCUGGUACAAAGUCUGACCAAGAAAGUGGGCGAAGCGGAGGAACGCUACAGUUUGCUGCAGGAGCAGACGGACAGCUUCAAAGAGCUGCUGUCCACAGAGAAGGAACAGUACAACCAGAAGGAGAACAUGUACAAGCAGAACAUCCAGACAUUCAAAGACAUCAUCAUUCAGAAAGAUAACCAGCUGAUGGAGAUUAACCAGAUGCAUGAACAGGAGCUAUUCAAGCUGGCAGCAAAGUCAGAUGCCAGUGCAGACCUGGAGCAGCUUUUGAAGGCUCUGAAACAGAAGCUUCAUGAGAAGGAGGAGGUGCUGCUGGGUAAGACCCAGGUCAUCGAUGUUCUCCAGGGAGAGGUGGAUGGCAGGGACCAGCAGAUAAAGGAGCUCACAGAGCGUCUGCGACGGCUACAAGUAGAGCGAGAGAGUCUUGAAUCCAAGAUGGAGGCAGAGAAACACGUAAUGCGAGCACAGCUUCGCGACCUGAUGGAGAAGCAACAGGCGGAGGUGAAGCGAAUCACUGAGCAGCAUCAAGUACAGAUGGGCCAAACCCAGCAGGACCUCCUGAGGCAGCUGGAGGAGCUGAGGAGAGCCUCGGUGGCAGCACCGCCCGCCAGUCAGGAGGCCUCAGGAAGUGAAAACGUGCCCGCUGAUUCAGCCUCCAUCCAGAGGAUAGCAGAGCUGGAAGCUCAAGUGAAGCAAAAAACAGACGAAGCCAGCAGAUCAGAAGCCAAGUUCCUAAAAAUGAAAGCUUGGUCUAAAUCUCGAAUCCGACAGCUGGAGGAGGAGUUUAAGAAAAGCCAGGCUGGAGGCGCCCCACCAGACCUGACUGCUCUGCGGAGUCACAUCACUGCACUGGAGGAGGAGAGGGAGGAAAACCUCUGGAAGGUGGAACAAUAUGAGGAGCUUAAAGCAAAGAAUGAAAUGCUGGAGGCUAAGCUGGUGGUGUACGAGGAGCAACAGAGGACACUUCAAGCAGACCUGGAGCAGUUCACCAAGAGGGCAGCUUCCCAGGCCAGUGAGUCGGGCAGCGCCGACGACACCCAGAGCCAGGUGCUGGAAUGGCAGGAGAUGGUGGCCGAGGCGGUCAGCGCCAGAGACCGAGCCAGGGAGGAGAAGGCUGCCAUGGCGCUCCGCAUUAGCCACAUGGAGGAGGAAAGAGAGGCACUGGCCACUCGGCAGCAGGAGUUGGAGGAGGAGUUGGCUCAAUCUCGGGGGCUCGGCCAUCACAGGGCCAAGAAGCUGGCAGCUCCGGCCCAGCGGAGCCUGCAGGAGGACUUUGAGUUUGACGGCCAGGCCUCAUUCCAGGACCCUCGGAGCACCUCGGAGAGCACGACCCCGAUGGAGGGCGAGAACAUGGGAGGUUGGUGGCCCGAGUACAGUACUCCUGAUACAGAUGGUUUGCGUUCUGUUGUGGAGGAGCUGGAGCUGGAGCGAAACCAACUGCAGGAGCAGAUACUGAGUCUGGAAGAGCGCUGCCAAGACCUGGAGGAUCGUCUGCAGCUGCAAGCACGCAUAGAGACGUUACAGAACGAGUCAGAGAAACUGCAAAGCCAACUCGCUAGUGCCAGAAGUCAACAGAGCAGAGAGGCAGAGAAGCAUCAGCUGCUGGUUAGCAGCCUGAACGAGCAGCUAAAAGGGCUGAGUGACACGCAGGAGUGCCUGGAGAGCUCCCUCAUUGAGAAGGAGAACACGUUGGCCAAGACAUCAGAGAAGCUCGAACUUAUCAGCAGCCUUCGAGAGUCACUGAGUGAAAAAGAGACGCAGUACAGAGAGCUUUCUGAGAAGCUCCUUCAAACUGAGCACAAUCUCGAGAACACUUCCAAAAAGUGCAACAGCUCGGAGAAACAGUGCUCUGAGUUGAAAACAGAAGUCGGCGACCUCACACAGAAGCUGAGUGUGCUGAAGGAGAAGACACAAAAACAAGAAGUCACAAUUGAAACGUUGCAAACUGAGCUGGAUCAGACUAACGAGGAGCUGGACAAACUGAACAGUGCCCACUUGGAAGAACGAGCUCAGCUCAUCCACGACCUUCAGAGCUGCGAGCGGGAAAUUGAUAGUCUUAAAGAUGUUCUGGCAGAAAAGGACAAGGAGAUAUCUGUCCUGGCUGGGAACAUGGCUGAGUAUGCAGAACAGGUCACCGUGCUAAAGCAGGAGAUCAAAGUCAAAGAAGAGAGUCUGGUCCAGGUAGAAAACGCUCUGAGUAAAGCAGAGCGGGAGGCCAUGAUUAUCAGAGACUCACAGAAUUCAGACCAGCAGGCCCUGAACUCUAAGAUCACAGAGCUGGUCGGGAAGCUCAAGGACACUGAGAUGGAGUUAGCGAAGGCCACAGAAGAAAGAGAGUCUAAAGGGACUGAGGUGGAACAUCUGAUAAAGCAGACCGAGGAGGAUAUGAAAACUGUUCAGGAGCUGCGAGGGGAGAUUCAGAAACAGACUGUGAGCCAUCGUAAUCAUCUUUCUGAAUGUGAAACACACAUCACUUCACUGAAAGAACAGCUGACGUUAUCUGCACAAAAGCUCCAGGAGUCGGAGGCACUGGUUUCACAGCUCAAGGACAAAAAUACCAGCAACGAGAAACUGCAGCAGGAGCUUAAUGAUAAAGAAGAAACUUAUGAAAAAGAGCUGAAAUCCUUCAAGGAGGAACAAAACAAGCUUUUAGCACAAGUGGAAAAAUCUAAUAGUGAAGUCCAAACACUGUCUAAACAAUUAGAGGAGCAAGCAGAGAAUGAGGAACAUGUCAAAAAGACAAUGCAGGAGAAACUGGAAACCAUAGCGUCACUGGAAAAUACGCUAAAGGACGAGAGGCAGAAAUUCAACACAGAACUGCAAGACCGGGAUGCAGAAAACAAGAAAUUGGGUAACGAACUACAAAGCAAAUCUGAAAAUAUCUCCAAACUCAAGAACCUCUUAAAAAACACAAAGGCUGAGAAACAGCAGCUACAAGAAAAGCUUAAAGGGCUAAAUGAGGAGUUUGACCUGCAGAAGCAGAAUGUAACUGAGCUUAGUGCAAAAGUUUCAUCUGCUCUUGAACUCAACAGCAGUCUGGAGAAUCAAGUGCAUUGCCUUACAAAAGAGAAACAGGGACUGGAAGUGGAAAUAACUGAGCGCAUGAAAAACAUUUCAGAGGUUACGUCAGAGAUGGAGUCGCUGCGAGAAAAAAUAUCUACGUUGGAGACGCAGCAUUCAGAAAAUAACAAAAUCAUUCAAGGGCUACAAAAAGAUAAAGACGACCUGACUGCUCGAACUGCUGAGUUAAAUCGAGUUCUUGAGCAAAGCACACACUCCAACUCGGAGGUCUUGCUCACAAAAACAAAUGAAUGUAGUAAUCUUAAUCAGCUGCUCAGGGAGAAGGAGGAAAAGGUGACGCAGCUGCAGGAACAAGUGCAGGGUUUGACUUCUAAGGUAGAGCAGCUGCAGCAUGAUGUGGCAGAAAAAGAGCAGAUCGCUGCUGAUCUUCAGACACAAAAAGAAGCCCAACAAAAUCAGCAAACGCAACUUCAGGAAACAUUGGAUCUGCUUCGGGAACAAGAACGCAGUCUGAAGUCUGGGUUGCUGGAAAAUGAUGCCAAGCUGAAACAGAAGCAGGAGGAGAAUCACAGUUUGCAGAGUGAACUGACAAAGCUACAAGCUGAGGCUGCAUCACUCAAUGAAGAAAACUCACAACUCAGGCGGCAGCUUGUAGAGAGAGAAGAAAUGCUGAAAAAUACAACAGAGCAGUGUCAAAAACACAAAGAUGAGCUGAAUGAUGCAAACACGACUGUAAAGUCUCUGAGUGACCAAAUUAGUGUCAUGGAAGAAAACGCCAGAAAGCUUGACAGUGAAGCUGAGCGGCAGCAAACAGAGCUGGCUAGCUUAAACAGCCACGUCCAGGCUCUCGUUGAGGAAAACCGCCAACUUCAUGCCGCCUGUGAGUCCAGAGAAAAGGAGCUCUCUCAGCAAACACGGGCUGUAUCUGAGCUCGAAGGUCAGCUGAAAGCAAUCCACGAACAGAACUCUAGUUUUAGCGUGAAGAUAAGCAGCCUGGCAGAAGAUAAUCAAAGACUACAGGAGGAGUUAGCAACAAGCAUUAAAUCAGUUUCUGAACUAACCGCUGAGAGAAAUCUCCUGCAGGAUAAAAAUUCAGGCUUUGAAAUUCAAAUCUCAGAAAGUCAGAAAAUAAUCAAUGGCCUGUUGAAGGAAAAGGAGGAUCUAACUGUCGCAGCCGACGAGUUAAGUAAAUCCAGCUCUGCAGGUCUGUUAGAGAAAACGAACGAAUGUGCUAAUUUGUCAAAAACGCUACAAGCGAGAGAUGAACAACUUCACAGUUUACAAGAGCAAGUUGAAAGCUUCAAAAUGCAAGUUUGUCAUCUUAGCACAUCCUUGAGUGACAAAGAGCAAACUGUGUCAGAGCAGAGUUCACAGCUAUUGCAGCUUCAGGAUACAAUAUUGAUGCUACAGGAGCAGGGAUCGAUUCUGAAGUCAGGGCUAAUGGAGAAAGACACCAUGUUCCAGCAGAAAGCAGAGGAGUGUAGCGUUUAUCAGAAUGAAGUCACACUACAAAAAGACCUCGUGUCACAGAUGCAGGGUGAGGUAGAGUCACUCCGGCUAGAGUGCUCCAAGGCAAAACGGCAGAUGGAGCAAAAAGAGCAGGCAUUAAAAGAAGUAACAAGUGACUUUCAGAGCCACAAAGAUGAGCUGAAUAAACGAAAUGAGUCAGUGAUUUCACUCAGCAGCCAGCUCGGGGCCAUGAAUGAGAAUGCUGCAGAAAUGGAGGCUGAAAUUGCCAACCUAAAAGCUUCUGUGCAGAAAGUCACUGCAGAAAAUCAGCAUCUGGUGCAGGAGGAUGACCAGAGGAAGGCUGAAAUAGUCGAUUUUAAAGACAGCAUUCAAGCGCUGAAUGAGCAGAAUACAAAGCUGAAAUCUGAGCUGCAAAAAAUUGUAACGGAGCUGUCUAAAGCACAGGAACAGGUGUGUGACAGAGAAAACCAACUCAAAAUGGCAUUUUCAGAAAAGGAGACUCUUAACACAGACAUGCAAGGAAAAGAAAAUACUCUGAAGCAGCAGGAAAGUUUGAUCCAGCAGCUCAACAGUACGAUUUCAGAUCAGGAGGAGCAGCUGAAGCAAAAAGAAAACGACAAUGUGAGUUUACAAAAACAAGUUGUAGAGCUUGAAGAUUCUGUCUGUAAACUCAGAGGUCAGGUUGAGAGUCUUACUUCAGAGUCGUACACGCUGAAAAAUAGUUUGGAUAAAAACGAGCAGUCAAGUCUUGAAUAUCAAAGUCAUUCUUCUGCCGCUGUUGAAAAGUUAAAUUCACAUCUACAAGCCAAAGAGGGAGAAUGUGAGCGCAUGAAAGAACAGAUUUCACACCUUGAAGAAUCUGUCGCAAAGCUCAACAGCAGCCUCCAAGUGCAGAUUUCUGAAGUGGAAAAUCUCAAAAAGGCCUUGGAAGAAAAAGAAGCGGCGCUUUUGGAGCAGUCAAAGUCUCUUCAGGAUGUUCAGAGAAGAGCAGACGAGGCUUCGCUCUUCAAAAGUCAGUUCAUGGAAAGCACAGAGCUCGUGUCGCAACUGCAGAAUCAAAUUCAGUCACUGUCCUCUGGGUCUGAAAAUCUCAAAAAGUCUGCAGGUGAAACGCAAAGUGCCUUCAACAACCUUCAAGAGAAGUUCGCCUUCAACUUAGAGGAGCUACAAGAUGUGAGAAAGCAGCUCUCCCAAAGGACAGAUGAGGUGUCCAGUCUUCGAAUGUCAUUGGAAGUUUUAAAUAGAGAACAUGAGACAGCAAAGACCACCAUAGAAACACUGAAAAAUGAGUUAUCUGUGAUCCACGACAAACUAGAGAAAACCGAAGUUUUGAACUCCAGUCUGUCGAAGGAAAAAGACGAGGCCUUCGCUUCCCAUCAAGCUAGCGUGUCGCUGCUGACCGUCGAAAUAGAAAGGCUCAAAUCUCAACACCUCCAGGUUGUCGCACAAAUGAACGCACUGACAGAAAACCUCGAGCAGAGAGAAAUGGCCCUCCAUGCAAUAAAUAGCCAGUACACAGCUCAGGCCAAACACGCUUCGCAGCUCGUUUCAGAAAUACAGAAACUAGAAGAGCAGAACAAGAGGCUAAAUGAGGAGAUUAGUUUGACAAAGGAAGAGCACCAGAAGCUUCUGUCUGCUGUCAGUAGUGAAAAGACGCAUCUGCAAGAAGAAGUUAGGAAGCUUCUUGCAGAAAAGGAGGAGCUUCAUCUGAGGUGGGCGUCGCAGGGGGAGCUGCAGGUUCAGAUGGAGCAGCAGUCCAGCAGCAUGAAGGAAAUAAUGGAGAAAAUGGCAUCCGAGAAGCAGAGCCUUCAAGCAAAGGUUAGUGCCAAAGACGAAGAACUUUCUCAGUUAAAAGAAAGCGUUCAAAUGAUAGAGCAAAUUCUGCAGGAUUCUGAGAGAGAGUGGCUGUUGGUUCUGGACAGGGAAAAGCAGGAUAAGAAUCUACUUGCAGAACAGUUGAGAAGUGUGGAGUACAAAAUGGAAUCUAAAGAUGUUAAAGUUAAUGCUUUGAAAGAGGACUUGGACAUUUUGCAGGAGAAAUUAGCCGAGGCUUCCUCUGCAAUUAGACAGGGCUCUGAUCAGCUGAGUGCUAAAGAGUUGGAGGCAUCGGCGUCCAGAAUUCAAUUGGAGACGAUGUUAGCUUCUAUCCAGGAAAAGGAUAAUGAGAACCAUAAUUUGAAGGAAGCUCUGAAAGGUGUGGAAGAUGAGUUGCAGAAACUUUUAGCUGACAAAGAUUCCUCUGUCGUGCAACAGUCCACAUUUGAGGGAUCUGCUGCCUUAAAUGGAGAAAAAUCCUCCUUGCAGGAAAAGAUAAAACAGUUACAAGAAAGGCACCAGUCUGAGGUAGAUGCUUUGAAAAACAACUUGCAAAAAACACAGAAUGUACUUAACGAAGGAGAUCGCAGUAAUGAUGAGAAGAUUCAACAAAUUUCUCUUUUGCAAGAGACAGUUGAGCAUUUACAGACUCAGCUUAGUACAGAAUUGGAGAAAAUGAAAGAAGCUGCUGCCAAACAAUCUUCUUUGCAUUUUGAAUUGCAAGCAAAAGAUGAACAGAUCAGCUGUAUGAGCCUUCAGAUAAGUCAGCAGAAGGAGUUACUUGCUGGACUCAGUCAGCAGUUAAAAGAUAAAGAUGCAUCCAUCGCUCAAGUCAUAGAGUCUGCCUCCAAUGAGAGAAUGAAACUCGGUGAGGAGAACAGUUUUCUAUUAGCAGAAUUAGAGAGCAUGAAAAGCUCAGUGAAGAAGCUUGAGGAAGAUAUUUCAGGCUGUCAAAGUGAAAUCGAGACCAAGAAUACAGAGAAGCUGAAGCUGAUUAAAGAAAAGGAUGAUCUAAAGAGUGAGUUCGCCAAGGUUUCUAAAGACAAAGAUGCCAUGAAGAAGAAGCUCCAAGCUGCCCUGGUUGUGAGAAAAGAUCUGCUGAAAAGAAUAGAAGAAUAUGAAAACCAAAAAGAAGAAAGUAUAAACGACAAAAGUGAGAUUUCACUUUUGGCGGAUAAGUUAAAUGAAGUAACAAAUCAUGCUCAAGCUGCAGAAAAAGUGUUUGAAGAAAAUGUUUCUCUUCUUGAAAAGAAAAUUCUAGAGAAAGAUGAAGAGAUUCUCGAACACAAAACAGAAAAAGAAAGACUUGUAGAGCAACUACAGUCAGAUAAGCUAAGACUGGAAGCCACACUAAACGAGAAAGAAGCACAUUUGUCUGAAACAUUGCAAACACUUGGUGAGAAAGACUCUCUCAUUGAGCAGCUGCAGUCCAGUGCUGCUGGGAAUGAGGAAGCUUUUGAGCGAGAACGAAACAGUUUGAUGCAGAAAUUAGAAGAGCUUCAAAAUGAAAUGAAGACGUGUAAAGAUGAGUUAAAAGACAAAUCCUCCUCCAGUGCCAGCGCUGUCGAUUUGGAAAACGAACUCGCACAGAUGAAGCUUGAAAAAGCAACGCUGCAGAAAAAAGCUCAGGCUGCUUUGUUGGCACGCAAAGAAACAAUGAAGAAAGCUCAAGAAAACGAGAAAAAAUUAGGCCAAGAACUGGCCGAGCUGAAAGACGACUACAAGGCUCUUCUGGAACAGCACUGCCAGCAGACGAACGAGCUCAACGCCGUCCAGUUGAACUUUGAUGAGAAGAUCAGGGAGCUAGAAGACCUGCAUAAAACCUCUUUGUCUUAUCUGGACGAACUGGACACUUUGAGGCAGCUCGUUGAAGAGAGGGAUAAGACUCUACAAGAUCUGAAGAUGUCUUUGGCUGAGAAGGAGAGCCAGUGUCAUUCUCUUUCCAGCUUGCAAACAGAGCUGGAAACUGUUCAAUCCAGAUUUGAGAGCGUUUCUCUUGAGAUGACAACUAAAGAUGAGGCUCUUGUAGUCAUGGAGCAAAGAGAAGAAGCUUUGAAAUCCAAGCUACAAAUGAUGGAAAACGUCUUGGAGAAAGCUCAGGCUGAAGUAAAGGAGAAAAAAGAAGAAGUUGAGAGAUAUCAGGAACAGGCCCAACAAGAGAAUCAAGAAUUAUUGAAUAAAAUCAUCGCUUUGGAAACUCAGGUAAACAUCUCCGAGGAACUUAAGCAAGCCAAUGAAGAAAAGUAUCAGAUCCUAAUGAAAGAAAAGGAAACCCUUCUGGAGCAUAAUAAUCACAUAAAAAUGGAACUUGAGGCAGCAGCUGCUUUAGUUUUGCAGAAAUCUUCCGAGGUUUCAACCAUUCAGAAGACAUUAGCAGAAGCACAGCAGCAGCUCCGUGAGGACAAAGAUAUUCUGACUCAGGAGCUUGAAAGUGCCCAGCUGCACUUCACUGAAACACAAAGGAGUUUGGAUUCAUUGAAGCAGGAAAAGGAAAGCGCCUUCAAACUGAUCAAUGAACUGAGAGACGAGGUAACAACGCUGAGCAAGCAGCUGAAGGAGAAAGUAAACGAGCAGCUGCACGAGAAGAAACCUGAGAUAAUCCUCAAGCAGGAGGAAGGCGUCUGUUUUUCUUGCAAAUGUGCCGAAAACUUUGAAGCGAAAAUGAAGGAGAGAGACGACGCCUUGUUGGUUUCUCAGGCUCAAGUUUCAGAAAAGGAAGAGCUAAUUGCUGCACUUGAGCUGCAAUUACAGCAGCAAAGUAAAAUGCAUGAAAUUACUGUUGAAAAGAUGAAAACAGACGCUAAUGAGCUUCAGAAAUCUCGAGACGAUGUCACCAGAGUGAACGACCAGGAUCACCAGAGUAAAAUCGCCCUUCUGACUAGGAAACUUCAAGCAGCUUUAGUUUCUAGGAAAGAACUCCUGAAGGAAAAUGCUGCCCUCAAAGAUGAAGCAGAAAAGCAAUCGGCAAGAUGUGAAGUGAAAGAAACCGAGUAUUUGGCUCUGGAAUCAUCGGUGUUGAAACUGAAACAACAGAAUAUGGACUUGGAAAGCUCUGUGUCAUCUGUCACCAAAGAGAAAGACAAACUCAGCACUGAGGUGGAUCGCGUCCUUAAUGAUAAUCGCAGUCUGUCUGCCGCCUGUGAAAGUUUGAAACUCACCAUAGAAAACAUCACUCAGCAGAAAAAAGCGUUUUCCUGUCAGCUCGAAUCACUUAAAGACUCUCAAACGGACGAGCUGUCCAAGUGGAAGUCGAAGCAUGCAGAGCUGAAACAGGAAUACGAGUCUCUCUUACAAGCUUAUGAAAAUGUCAGCAGUGAAAUGGACAAGAUGAGGCAGCUUUUGGAGGGAGCUAAAAGAGAGAGACAGGAGGCGAUUCGGAAAAUCCACAAACAUGAGACUGAGAUGGAGAAUCUGGAGAAACAAGCCCGAGAGAUGGAGGAAGAAAAUGGCAAAAUUAAAGAGAGGAUGCAGAAAUAUUCCAAAGAGAAACGCCGGAAGAUUGAGGAGCUCGAGGAGGAGCAUCAGAAAAUUAAACAAGAGCUAACUGAGCUGGAUGGAAACCACAAAAAGGCAAUGUGUGAGCUCGGUGACAAAAACCAGAGACUAGAGGCUGAGAUUUGCCAACUGAACGAGUCUUUAGAGGAUCUCGAAGUGAAACUUACUGAGAUGCAGGCUGAAAAUAGCCAACUGGCAGCAAAGCUUGAAGAGGCUAAUAGUUCACUGGAAAAGAGGAGCUUGGAAUCAAAUACAUACACAAACAACAUGCAGCUCAAACUUGAUGAAGCACUCAGGUUGAAUAAUUCCCUCACCGCCCAGAUCGAGGCACAGAAAACAGAGCUUGGUGCUCAAUUAGAAAUCAACAAGUUGUUACAAAAGGAGAAGCAAAGUCUGUCUGAGAGAACUGAGAAGAUACAGAAUGAUCAUGAAUUGCAUUUGGGAAAGAAAGAUGACGCCAUUAAAGAGCUCAAUGACAUUAUUAACAGGAACAGCCAGGACACUAUCAGCCUGAAUGAGAAGGUGAGAAUCUUGGAGGACGACAAAUCUCUACUGCAAGAGGAGCUGGAAAAUGUUCAAGAGAUCUCAGACAAAGUGAAAAAUGAAAAUGAAUAUUUGGAAACUGUGAUCCUCAAGAACUCUGAAAGAAUUGAUGAACUGACUGAGUCUAUCAACAGUUUGCAAACCCAGAACGCUCAGCUGUCCUCUCAGCUCGCUGCUAGCAAAGAGAUGAGUGAUCGAGUUCGCCAACAAAAAGAACAGGAACAGCUAAAGUUGGUCAGAGAGUUGGAGGAUAAACUGAAGACGGUUCAGAGAGGCAACGAAGGCUCCAAGAAUGUGAGGAAAGAGCUGCAGGAGCUGCUCAAGGAAAAGCACCAGGAGAUAAAUCAGCUGCAGCAAAACUGCAUCAGAUACCAGGAGCUGAUUUUAGAUUUGGAGAGCUCUUUGAAGAGUUCGCAGUCAGCCUGCGCACACUUGGAGGUAGAUCUGAAGAAAAGUGCUGAGAAAACAUCAGCUUUAGAGGGGAGGCGUAAACAAAUUGAAGCUGAGCUCAUUACGCAGAAGAGUCUCCUACAGGAGGCUGAAGAAAAGAUACAAAGUGUUCAAUCUGAAAGAGACCAGCUGGCUUUUCAAAUAUCACAGCAAAAUAAACAGUCCACAAAGAAAACAGUACAAAACGUAGAGGAAACACAAAGAAACUCCUACAUGGAGAGUCGGUUUGUGUUGCAGCAACAGAUCGAUGACCUCAAGGACCUAAAAGAUCAAGAAACGCAACGAGUUGAUGAACUGAGGCAGCAGCUGGACUCUCAGGAUUUGCAGAUAAAUACUCUGAAGAGAGCAGCCGAGACUAAUGAAGCAAAGCUGUCUGCUCUGUGUACGACUCCACAAGGGGCCGACGCCACCAGACUGUGGAACGAUUUGUACCAAAAGACCUUAAAUGAGAAGGAUAACCAGCUCCUAGAACAAGGCUUCAUGAUUAAAAGAUUCCUGGAAGAUAUGAGAGUGAAAGAUAAAGAGGUGAAUGAACUACGAGUGACCAAAUCAAGGCUGGAACGGACGCUGAAUGAAUACUCUGUUGCUGCUGCGGCUCAACAAAGACAGCUGUUUGUUAUGAGUGCAAGCAAUGCCGAGCUCAGCGAGACUGCAGAGCUCAUGACAGUUCAGGUGAAAGAACUCGGCGCUCAAGUGGAGAGAAUAGAACAAGAUAAAAACGCGCUGAACCGACAGCUCGCCGACAAAGAAGACACGAUCUCCCAAAUGCAGCUUCAUCUUCAGCAAAUGGAGAAGAUCAACGCUGACACGGACGCUCAGCUUCUCCUUCUGCAGUCUCAGAAUGACAAAACUCGGGCCGACUUUGAGAAGCAGGAGGGAAUUUCUCUGCAGCUCAAAACUCUCUUGCAGAGCAAAGACGCUGAGAUCUCCUCUCUGCUGUCCUGCAAGGACGGACAGAUGUCAGGAUAUCUGGAGCAGCUCCAGGCCAACUACCGCUCACAGGUGUCAGUUUACGAAGACCGGCUAACUUCUUUACGCUACCAAAGGGAAACGGCCGACAAAGAGCUGAGAGUGCUUGAGGCCAAAGUUAAAAGUCUGCAAAUUAAAGCAAACAGAUCCAUCCAGGAAAAAGAGCAGAUGGCAGCUAAGAUAGAGUCAUUUAAGAACUCGAUGGUGUCUUUACAGAGCGAACGGGAGCGAUUGAUGUCAGAAUACAGAAUACUGGAAGCAAAGAGCCAGUUGGGGUUAAAGGGAAAAGAGGGCUCCGCUGAUGGGGAAGGAGGUGCAGCCAGAGGCCUUAAACAUGAAAUAAGGAAGCUGUUACAUCAGAUGGAUGAUCUCAACUCAGAGAACGCCAUGCUCAGGGCUCAGCUGGUCCGCUACAGAGAGGAUUUAAAUCAGGUUUUAUCCCUCAAGGACAACCAGCUGAAGGUGCUGCUGAAGAAGCAGCAGGAUGUCAUUAAAAACCUGGAAACCCAAAAGGCUGCAGCCGAGAAGCAGCACAGAGAGGCUCGGCUGGAGCUGCAAAAGGAAGAAGAGGGCAGCAGCACAUUAAAGACUGAGAACUCUAAACUUAAAACUCAGGUGUCGCAACUGGAAGCUGAAAUAUCGACUCAUAAGAAGGAAAGGGCUUCAACAAAUGAGGGCAGAGUGAUCACAGACUUGCAGGAAGCCGUGGCAGCCAAAGCAGCCGAAUGUAAUGACCUCCAGCAGAAGCUUCUUUCUCUGAAAAUGUCGUCCGAUGAGCUAAAGGACAAAAUGCAGCAGCUGGAAAAUGAAACUGACAAAAAGCUAGCAGAGGCCGAGGACAAAUACAACGGCGAGCUGGACGCCUUCGAACGCGAGGUGCAGCUAAUGAGGAACGAGCGAGAGACGGCAGAUCAGAGGGUGGCGGGGCUCGCAAAGGAAAUACUGGAGAUGGAGCAACAGUUAUCACAGGCUAAAUCACAAAACAAAGACACGAAGGCUCAGAAUGAAUCCCUGUGCAAAGCCAUGGCCGCUCUUCAGAACGACCGAGACCAGCUUAUCGAGGACUUCAAGAUCCUCAGGAACAGAUAUGACGAAGAGCUCCGAGAGACUCAGGCAGCCUUGAACAAGAUGGAGCGAAGUCUGCAGGAUGCCACCUCGGACUUGGCCAUGUUGGUCAAAGAGAGGGACAUCUUGGUUCAUAAACUGAAAGCUGUAGAGAGCAAAGAUGUCAACAUGGAGCUGAACAAGCUGCUGGACGAGCUGUCGAAGGCUUUGUCAGAAAAGGAGAAAGAACUGAAACAGGUCAGUCUGGAGAAUGCCACGUACAGCAGGCAACUGUCAGCGUUCUCCAGAUCCAUGGCCAGCCUGCAAAACGAUCGCGACAGGCUGAUGGAUGAGCUGGCCGGAGCCAAAAGAGUGUUUGAGUCCAGGCAGGGGUCUGGCCCGGAGACUGCCGAUGGCCCAAAUGUGGAAAACUCAAAAGGAAGUGGCGUCCAGAAUGAGAAGGACGGGCUGGAGAUGGAUGAAGUACAGCAAACGGUUCACAAAGAAGAAGCAAUACAUCUGAGGUCUGAAACUGAGAAGAAGGAGCCUCUACCAGUCAAGCAGGAAACUGUUGCUCUGGCGGAUCAGGCUGGACUGGAGGACAUGGUGGGUCGACUGGAGGCCGAGAGGCUGCAGCUUCACAGGAAUCUGCAGCGCUGCAUGUAUGAGAUCCAACAGCGAGACCAGUACUUCCAGCAACUAAACGCCAAGCUGCAGCAGUUGGUGGAGGAGAAAAGUGCUGUGUCAGCUCAGCUGAGGGCCGUCUCCCAAACGCUGAGGGACACUCAGAACCGCUGCCACUGGCUGGAAACACAAGUCCAAAGCCAGGCACAGCAGGGUUUGGUGUACGCUGAAGUUGCUCCAGGAGCCCCUCAGGAGAAGACCAACGACUCCAUGAUCGCUGAAACUGCUGAAGCCACUCAGCUCAGAGAAAGGCUGCUAGAGGUGGAGCUCAGUCUGGCUGAUGAGAGGUCCAGGAGGGAGGCGGCUGAGGAGGCUCUACGUCUCGCUGAGGACAGAGCGAAGAGCAGUGUUGCCUCCAGUCUGUCCAGAGACGCUCAGAGAGAUUUCAGCAUCGAGAUGGAAACAGAGGAGGAGUGGGAAGCUCUGAGUCUCAACCCAAAUCAGCCUCUGAUAACACGAAAGGUGAAAGGUGGGAUGGUGGCGUGUCGGCGGUGGCUCAGAGGCAGAAGCCUUUACUUUUCCAGGCUGCUGACGAGUCGCGCUCGCUCUCGAUAUUUCUUCUUAGCGUAUCUGCUCACGAUUCACGUCGUCGUCCUCAUGUGCCUCACUGGUGCCCUGUAGCACUCUGGGAAACAACACGAACAGGCCGAAGAUUAAGACUGAAGGCUGGAAGAAAAUGUUUCUAUCAGCUAAUUCAGAUUAUUUAAAUGCUAGUAUGCAUGGUAAAACACUACAACCGACACAUUUACGGUAAUUUGAGAUGCUCGUUGAGUCUUAGCUGUCCCGGUUAAUCUUGCCGGUAAAUCAAUAGUAUUUUCACCUUAAAGUUACCUGCACACGUUCUGCAAAGCGAGAUAAUAUAACAUUUAUAUUCCUGUUGUUAAUGACGACAUGGAAAGUUAAAGAUGUCAGCUUUUAGAAGACACUUCUGUUAAACGGCUUUAAUUUGAUUUGAGAUUCUGAUUUUGUUUGGUGAGCAGAAAAUGCAUUUUUUUGUUGUUGUUGUUGUUUCUAGGUAAAUCAAGCCUUAAAGUGUGAUUCUGCCUUUUCUUUAAGGUGGAUUCCUUGAUUUCUUCAGUUAUUUGUUUUAGGAUUCACAUUAGAAAGGAGAAAAGAAAGUCGACUGAGGAUUGAUCACGGCUUAAAUGUAAAAAAAGAAAGCGCAGAAGGCCAUAUCCACUCAGUUAACAUUACCGUCUGAGUUUAGUUUUAAACCUCCUCUCCAUGUCGGGGACGCACCAGAAACCCAAACGUCGACACCAGCUGCUGCUUCUCUGCCUGCCUGAGUUCAUACGUUGCACAUAAUCGUAAUGCUGAGUUUAAACUAUGCACUGACACUCCAAAUGUGUACAUACUCAUCUCGAAGCACUACACCACUCCCUCCCCGUUCCCUUUAAAGCCAAAGGUGUCUGUAUUUUGGCAGUUUGAGAGAGUCGCUCAUCCCCCUUAGAGUUACUGGGAGACAGUGGGUUAUAAAGCAUCCUUAAUUUAACUUCGGUAUCAUGGCGUGCCAUUGAAAAUGUACUGCGGUUAAAGCAGCGGAUACGAAGUACAUGCUGUUUGUAUUUAAGAUUUUCCUGUAUUUAUGUGCAUCCACAGAAGGUACGCUGUACAGUAUCUGUUAUGUAUGUAUAUAUGCGUUUCUAUCCCCUCUGCCUGACUGUACAUUUGUUCUUGAUUGUGUUGAAAAUGGGGGUUGAUAGGAUGAAAUACGAUGGACUAACAAGCAGAAAUGAUGGUGAAAGAAUCCUCCUGGCUUGUUCAUUGAUUGCUGUAAUGAUCUGUACAUAAAGUGUGAUUCAUGGACGGAACAAUGAACCGAAUCUAUUUAUGAGAAGAAGAAAAAACAAAGGUUAACUACUGAAAAUGUUCAGAUGGCAUAUUUUCUCUACUGCCUCUAUUUUUAAGAGUUAGCGAUGCAGUCGGCCUUUUGACGGCACGAGGCUGAACUCUGUGCAAUACUGUCAGAGGUGAACUUUUUCUGCUCACCCUUCACCAUCUCGAACGAAGUUUAAUAAAGCUUCUUGAAGUUUUCUUUCA